AUGUCGCAAUUCCAUCCGGAAGAUAACCGGUACCCUCCGGGACCUCCGCAUCGACCUGUUCCCCGCCGUGAUGACCGGGACGGCCGUAUGUACGACGAUCGCUCGCCUUCCCGAUCGCGCUCGCCUGGCGAUCUACCCCACUCGCCUCCGCGGGGGCCUGCUGCGGAGAGAAGAGGAGACUAUGCCAGAGAUCGGCCCAGCUCUAGACCCCGUUACCGCAGUCGGGACCGUGAUGACUUUCGACGCCGCUCUUCGCGCACCCCCCCACCACGGCGUGGCAGACCGGCUUACAGGGACCGGGAUCGCGAGGGCUAUCGCUCCCCCGGAUACGCCAGCCGAAGCAGAAGUUACAGUCGCAGUCGCAGCCGCAGCCCCCGUCGCAGUCGGCAUUCGCAUUACGGGCAAGAGAGUCGCGAGGUGAUGAUGGACGGAUUGCCGGUGGAUAUGGUGGAAGAAGACGUUUCGAAUGAACUGAAAGAAUUCUACAACGUUGAGGGCUUGGAUGAUGUCCGGGUUAUUCGGGACCGGCAGACAAAGGUCUCACGACAGCUGGGAUUCUUGAGAUUCCGAGACCUCAACCAGUCGCGAGCGUUCGUCGAGCGCAAUUUCCCACACAUCUACCUUCAGGGCCCUAGUGCACAUGAUGACCGGGGCACUAAAGUGCGCAUCGCCUACAGUCGCGAAAGAGAGGACCGUGCUCGGGCCCGCGCGGAGGCUGACUGGACCUGCAUGAUGUGUUCCAUUGUUAAUUACUCCACCCGCCAAAAAUGCUUUCGUUGCCAAGCACCGCGACCUGAUGCCGGCCCUGCAGGCCCACCUGGACUACCGGCACCGAAAGUCGAAAACCAUGGCGAUAACGAUGCAGCCCCUGAGAACCAGCCUUCGCAAUUCCUUCUCUUUCGCGGACUGGAAUCAUCAGUUACCGAAGAACUCCUGGCCAAAGGUGUUGCCAAGUUGUAUCGUCCUUCAUCUUCUGGAAAUGAUGCUACGGGGAAUCAGAAGAAGGGAGCUAAAGUGGCCUCCACCACCGGUGACUCUAACCUGGGAGCUAGAGAUGGUUCUAUCCGCCGUGUCCUGCUGGUGAGAGGCCGCAAGUCCAACGAGAGCUGGCGCUACGGCUUUGCCGAGUUCGCGACGAUUCAGGAUGCACAAGCUGCCAUAACCCGGCUCAACUCCUUCGACAAGUUUACCAUUUCCUCGAGGCCAGUCCUUGUCAGCUACAUUCACGCCGGUGUUUUUGUCCCGGUGCUCAAUCCCACCGCAAGCAAUGAACGAUUUACAUUCAGCCCCCUAAACAACCCGUCACUGAAACUGAUGUACUGGGAUGAGGAGGCGUAUGUGAAGGAGCUCACGGUAUCGACAGCGGAGCUCGAUAGCGCGAAGGGAGACAAGGCAGCUGGCCAGGAUGGACAAACGAAGGGCAACAGGGAUGCAGACAAGGCCAAGAAACGCAAGGCCGAUGCUGCCGCAAGCGCAGGAGCGAAGAAGAUGGCGGUCCCGUCGCACCUGCAGUUCUGGAGUAACCGCCACGCCGAGCUGCAUGGAAUCCAGAAGAAGGACGCCGAGGAGAGAAGCGGCGGGGAGCAGCCGCCGGAGCCUGCAGCAUCCCCAAUGGAUCCGGCCGCUCCCCCGAGUCAAUCCUAUGCUAACCCCAACCAGAAUUGCUGUUACCUGUGCAUGCGCAAAUUCAAGUCCACGGCUCAGGUCAACCUGCAUGAACGCCUCAGUCAAAUGCACCGCGACAACCUUGAGAACGAAGAGCGGAUAGCACAUGCCACCCGCAAACUUGUCAAACACGGCAUUAUCCCGCAACCGACGGAGUAUCGCGAUCGUGCCAGGGAGCGGCGACAGGCGUUUGGCAGAUCCAAGGCUGGAGCCAAACCACGGCCGGCAGCGCCUCCGUCCAAGGAAGAAGAGCCCGCGGUGCAGACUACGUCCAAGGGCGCAUCGCUUCUCAGCAAGAUGGGCUGGUCUGCUGGUUCUGGACUGGGUGCUCAGGGGACCGGAAUGACGGCUCCGAUCGCGACCGAGGUGUACGCGCAGGGUGUGGGCUUGGGUGCUCAGGGCGGCAAAUUGGGCGAUGCCAGUGAGGAAGCCAGCCGUAACACGCGCGGUCGAUAUGAUGAGUUCUUGGAGAAGACGCGACAGACGGCGCGUGAACGAUAUGAACAGAUGGAUCAAUAGCAGCGUUGAUUUUUUUGUCUUCGCCGUAGCUGUCAUAAGAUUAACCAU